AUGGCGUUUGACGGAACUUGGAAGGUGGAACACAGCGAGAACUACGACGCAUUCAUGGAACAAAUGGGCAUCAACGUGAUGAAACGCAAACUGGCCGAGCACGACAACCUUAAGAUUAGCAUCCAGCAGAGCGGCAACGACUUCCACAUCAAGGAAUCCAGCACCUUCCGCACCAAAGACAUCCACUUCACGCUCGGGACGCCCUUCGACUACAGCCUGGCCGACGGCACCGAAGUCUCGGGAACGUGGGAACUGGACGGCGACACGCUGAAAGGAAAAUUUACCCGCAAAGACAACAACAAGGUGCUGACCACCACUAGAGUCCUGUUGGGAGAUGAACUUGUACAGAGUUUCAACUAUGAGGGUGUGGACGCCAAGAGGAUUUUCAAGAAGCAGUAA